AUGGUAACUGAAUCCCUCUGCAGUGACCCCGUGGGAUAUUGUGUAGUGUGUCUGUGGACUCCUCUCCUCUCUUCCUCUCCUGCAGAUGUGGACGAGUGUCAGGACAACAAUGGUGGCUGCCAGCAGAUCUGUGUCAAUGCCCUGGGCAGCUACGAGUGUCAGUGCCACAGUGGCUUCUUCCUCAGUGACAACCAGCACACCUGCAUCCACCGCUCCAACGAGGGUAUGAACUGCAUGAACAAAGACCAUGGCUGUGCCCACAUCUGCCGGGAGACACCCAAAGGUGGGGUGGCCUGCGACUGCAGGCCCGGCUUUGACCUUGCCCAAAACCAGAAGGACUGCACACUGACCUGUAACUAUGGAAACGGAGGCUGCCAGCACAGCUGUGAGGACACAGACACAGGCCCCAUGUGUGGCUGCCACCAGAAGUAUGCCCUCCACUCGGACGGUCGGACGUGCAUCGAGAAGGAUGAGGCUGCAAUUGAGCGCUCUCAGUUCAAUGCCACGUCAGUAGCUGAUGUGGACAAGCGGGUGAAACGGCGGCUCCUCAUGGAGACGUGUGCCGUCAACAAUGGAGGCUGCGACCGGACGUGCAAGGACACGGCCACGGGCGUGCGGUGCAGCUGCCCUGUGGGAUUCACCCUGCAGCCCGACGGGAAGACGUGCAAAGACAUCAACGAGUGCCUGGCCAACAACGGGGGCUGCGACCACUCCUGCCGCAACACCGUGGGCAGCUUCGAGUGCGGCUGCCGCAAGGGCUACAAGCUGCUGACCGACGAGCGGACGUGCCAAGACGUUGACGAGUGCUCCUUCGCGCGGACCUGCGACCACAUCUGUGUCAACUCCCCAGGCAGCUUCCAGUGUGUGUGCCACCGCGGCUACACGCUCUACGGGACAACCCACUGCGGAGACGUGGACGAGUGCAGCAUGAGCAACGGGAGCUGCGACCAGGGCUGCGUCAACAAAGGCAGCUUCGAGUGCGUCUGCCCCCCGGGGAGGCGACUCCACUGGAACCGGAAGGACUGCGUGGACACAGGCGGGUGCCUUUCUCCGGCCAAGGCCUUCCCCCGGGCCCAGCUGUGGUGCAGCAAGGCGGGCGGGGUGGAGAGCUGCUCCCUCGCCUGCCCGGCCCACACGCACUUUGUGCCAGACUCAGAAAACAGCUACAGUCUGAGCUGCGGGGUCCCCAGCCUCCAGGGCAGGACGCCGCAGAAGCGCAACGGCACCAGCUCCAGCACCGGGCCCAGCUGCGCAGGUGCCCCCGCCACCCCCAUCAGGCAGAAGGCGCGCUUCAAGAUCCGAGAUGCCAAGUGCCACCUCCGGCCCCGCAGCCGGGAGCCAGCCAAGGAGGCCCCAAGGCAGCUGCUGCUGGAAAACAGCCACGUGACCUUUGUGACCCUCAAGUGUGACUCCUCCAAGAAGAGGCGCCGUGGCCGGAAGUCCCCAUCCAAAGAGGUGACCCACAUCACAGCAGAGUUUGAGGUGGAGACAAAGGAAGAGGCCUCAG